GUUAGUUUGCUGAAGACUUCCGCACGAUACGGUCGUCAGUUUUUCCGGGCUUUUCCGACUUCGCUUAUCGUCGCGUCCUCGCCUCAUUUUCCGUAGCACGCUUAUCAGCGCAAGAACGCGUCGCGUGGAAAUGCCGUCGGUGGAAAGGCAGCUGGCAUAAUUCGUUGCCUACUUCAGGGCGCAGCAGCACAUCAACUGGAUUUUGCCGACAGCCCAUUAAUCAGGAUACCGCACACCUGCACACCUGCACCGCUGCACACCUGCAACCAUGUUUUGGAUUUUACGGCGCACCGGCGCCGCCAACUUCUUCAACUCCUUCAACAACAACUGCAGCUUUUCCAAGAGCAACUCGAACGGCGGUAAUCACAGCAACAGCACACAAGACAAAUAUGUGAAGCGGCCCCCACGGAAGGCAUAUGGACGACUGAGUGCCGAGGCCGAUGAUGCCGUGUCACUUGGCCACAAAAUCGAUGAUCCGUUCGAUGAGCUAGACGACUUUGAAAUGCUGGCAGCGAACUCCGCCACCGCCGGCUGUAGCAGUCAGGGAGCAGGAGAAGCCAAUGGCAACGUCAAUGUCAACGGUGGCUCGGGUUCUGGUUCAGGUUCAGGAUCCACAGGAGCGGCAGGCUGUGGGAACGGCAAUGGAAAUGGUAAUGGCAACCUGGCACUCCUGCCCUGCAUGGACGCCGAUUGCCAGGGCAACUACGAGGUGGAGAGCGCCCUCUGCGAACUGGGCCUGUGCCAGGCGAAAGCCAAAACAUCAAAGGACCUCGGCGCAGGCGGCACGUCAACAUCGAAGGAGAUUAACGAAAACACAAUAAGUCGACUGCAUGCGCUGGCCAUGGCGGAUGACGAUGAUGACUACGAUGAAUCACUCACCUGCAACGUGUGCGACCGAGCUUUCCAUUGUCACCGUCAGUUGGCUUCGCACCAGCAGAAGAAGCGACACUUCGGUUGCAGUGGCUGCGAUAGUUUGUUCCCGUCGCUAAUGCUGCUGGAGCAUCACAAGGAGGAGUUCGAGCACUGGAGCGACGAGGAGAUGGGUCGCAGGGUCUGCUGUCGCCGGAACAGGUGCGACGACGACUAUUUCACGGACACCGACUCCUUCAUCAGCGACGCGGAGAGCGAGGAUCUGGAGAGGCUGUUGUAAAUACAGGACACCGAGCCGAAGGAUGGCAGUGACUGAAGGGAGGGACUGAAGGGACAGGGGACUGGAUUUGAAUCAACCCAGCCGAAAAGUAGCCAGCCGUCCAUCCCCAUUAAUGCUGGGCGGAAUGUCCUGCGGCGCCAACUGGAUGGGAAGGACUUGGGACUUGGGAGGACAGCCAACUUGGAAUUGGGCGCUCAUCUUCUGAUGAAGAUUGACACACGGGGCGGACCGCUUGUCAUCCUAAUGAAAAUGAAUUAAACCCCAAUCGGGCUGAACGCAAAGCCGCAAGCCAAACAAUGAAAACUGUUGGUCAGGACCCAAUACCAAAAAACAAAAACCAAAAAACCAAAAACCCGAUAAACAAAAACAAAAUGAGACGCCAGGACAAGAUAUAAAAUACUUGUGGACUGUGCGUUGUCUGUACUUUUAGAGUUCAACUACGAGAGACCCCGUUGGGGGUCUAAAAACCAAGUUAUAAAUAUAAAUGUAAAUGUAUAUCUAUGUGUGUGUAUAAUGAGCUAGUCGAAUACGAAACUCCAUAAAUGGAAAUCAUAUCAUUAACGACAUAUGUGUAAGCCCCAGGACAAAUGCAAAAACUAUUUACCAAACGGAAUGGAAAACCAAAAGAAACCCAAUGUAUUUUUCAAUAAAUAAAACUGUGCGAAACCGAAGCAUGUUCAGCAA